CCCCCCCUCCCCUGUGCCCCGGCCCGAGAGUGGGCCGGACAGGUCCCACGCCGGCUGCAGAGCCGCUGACCACCCCAAGGCCCGGCCCUAGCCACCGGUUCGGGGCAGUGCGGGCAGCGCCUGCCGGCUCCUGCCCUGCGGGGGCGGCCCCCGGCACCGCCGCGCGGCUACCCGCCCCCAUCGGGGCGGUCGGGGGCUGAGCGCAGGGCCGGGCUGGGCAGGGAGCACGGAGCCGCCUGCCCCUGGGCUCCAGCGCCCAGUGCCCGAGGGAGCCGCCAUGGCCAACGCGGGCUUGCAGCUGCUGGGCUAUUUCCUGGCGCUGGGCGGCUGGAUCGGCAGCAUCUGCAGCGCGGCGCUGCCGCAGUGGAAGCAGAGCUCGUACGCGGGGGACGCGAUCAUCACGGCCGUGGGGCUGUACGAGGGGCUAUGGAUGAGCUGUGCCUCGCAGAGCACGGGCCAGGUCCAGUGCAAGCUGCACGACUCGCUGCUCUCGCUGGACGUUCACCUCCAGGCCUCCCGGGCACUCAUGGUGGUUUCUAUCCUCAUGGGCUUUGUGGGGGUCAUUGUCAGCGUGGUGGGAAUGAAAUGUACCAAAGUGGGGGACGAGAACCCUGUUAUCAAAAGCCGGGUUGCUGUGGCUGGUGGCGUUCUCUUCCUCAUAGCAGGUCUGUGCACCUUAACAGCUGUUUCAUGGUAUGCAACACAGGUGACCUAUGAAUUCUUCAACCCCAACACUCCAGUUAAUGCCCGGUACGAAUUUGGUUCCGCCUUGUUUGUUGGCUGGGCAGCUGCCAGCCUGACCAUGCUGGGAGGCUCCUUCCUGUGCUGCUCCUGCCCCACCCCCACUGAGGAGAGGAGAGGACAGCAGUACUAUAGGCAGUCACAGCCUUCAACAGCUAGGGAAGCUGAACUGGCUGAGGUUUGACAACUGAAAGUUGGCAUGGGACCCAAUGUAAAAAUGUCUUCUUCACCCAUCAGGGGAGAGCAGUGUUUAUAGUCUGUCUUCACCCAUCAGGGGAGAGCAGUGUUUAUAGUCUGUCUUCACCCAUCAGGGGAAAGCAGUGGUUGUUUGUCUGAACCCAGCUUAUUGUGUUUCCUUCAAAAAAAGUCCAAAAAAUUUAAGUGACACUACUAUAGCAAGGAUUUUAAAAGAAACCCGUGAUACAUUUUCUGAAUGAUCUUUUUAUACAAAGAGUACAGCACUGUGUAUAAGAAUGUUUUUAUUCUUUUAAUUGAAAAUUAUAUUAACUUUUCUAUGGUCCAAAAUAUACUCAAGGGGAAUUAUAUAGGUUUGAAUUCCAAAUGUCUUUUGAUUGUUUAUACUAAAAGUCACAGCUCAAAGGUUAAUAAAAUAUUUUUGGUCUUUG